AGCAGCGCCGCAGAGUCAGAUCAACCAGGGCUUCGGACGGAGGUGAAGAUACCCGCACAUCCUCUCGCAUACAUAACAUCAUAACUGGACUAAAACCGCGCACUGACAGCAUUUUAUUUACAGAGUAGGCUAAGCAGCAUCUCCUCAGAACAUUGGGGUCUGCAGGCUAGUUCAGCCCUCUCUCCAUGUCUCCAGCCAGGCCUGAUGCCCCAGCAAUGCAGCCGUGAAUUCCGCUUGUCCCACGCAGCUUGUCCCUAAGCAAGAUGUCGACGGCUAUGGAAAAUGGAGUGGGUGGGUCUCGUAACACGGGCGGAGAGAAAACGUAUAAAAAGACCACCUCCUCGGCUCUGAAGGGAGCCAUCCAGCUGGGCAUCGGCUACACGGUGGGCAACCUGACCUCCAAGCCCGACAGAGACGUCCUCAUGCAGGACUUCUACGUGGUGGAGAGCGUCUUCCUCCCCAGCGAGGGGAGCAAUCUGACGCCGGCGCACCACUACCCGGACUUCCGCUUCAAGACGUAUGCCCCGCUGGCGUUCCGCUACUUCAGGGAGCUGUUUGGGAUCAAACCUGAUGACUAUCUGUACUCCAUCUGUAACGAACCACUGAUCGAGCUGUCCAAUCCUGGCGCCAGUGGCUCUCUCUUCUACCUGACCAGCGACGACGAGUUCAUCGUCAAAACCGUGCAGCACAAAGAGGCCGAGUUUCUCCAGAAGCUUCUCCCGGGGUACUACAUGAACCUGAACCAGAACCCUCGCACACUGCUGCCCAAGUUCUACGGCCUGUACUGUGUCCAGUCCGGAGGCAUCAACAUCCGCCUGGUGGUCAUGAACAACGUGCUGCCGCGCUCCGUCAAGAUGCACUACAAGUACGACCUGAAGGGCUCCACCUACAAGCGGCGAGCCAAUAGGAAGGAGCGGGAGAAGGCUUGCCCCACCUACAAGGACCUGGACUUCCAGGAUAUGCUCGAGGGGCUGUACUUCGACACCGACACCUACAACGCUCUGAUGAAGACCCUGCAGAGAGACUGCCGGGUCCUGGAGAGCUUCAAGAUCAUGGACUACAGCCUACUGCUCGGGGUGCACGUCCUGGACCAGACCCCGAAGGAGGGUGCGGAGCCGGGGCAGGUGGGGGGCGACGGGAAGAGGCCCGUGGGACAGAGGGUCCUCUACUCCACCGCCAUGGAGUCCAUCCAGGGGGACGGCAAGGCGGCCGAGGUCCUCGCCACCGACGACACGAUGGGCGGCAUCCCCGCCAAAUCUCACAAAGACGAGAAGCUGCUCAUCUUCCUGGGCAUCAUCGACAUCCUGCAGUCCUACAGAUUUAUUAAGAAGCUGGAACACUCGUGGAAAGCCCUUGUCUACGAUGGCGACUCUGUCUCAGUGCACCGGCCCGGUUUCUACGCCAACAGAUUCCUCAAGUUCAUGAGCACCCGGGUGUUCAGGAAGACCCAGACCAUCCGCUUCUCCCCCUCUAAGAGGACCCGCACGUCCAUCCCUGCUCUCAAGUCCUCCUCCCAGGAGAUCCUGUCCUCACAGACGGAGGAGAGGAGCGAGGAGAAGAGAGACAAGCUGGGGGCGGCGCGCAGCCUGGCCAGCCUGGAUGGACAAGCAGUGUUUGGGUCCUACCUGCGCCCAGACCUGGUUCCCGUGCCCCAGUCCUUCUACGAAGGCUCCUCCAUGGGAACCAUCUCCUCCUCCUCGGUGUAUGUGUGCCUGGAGGGCCAGACUGACGACAGAGAUGACAUGGUGUCCAGCUCGACGUUCACCCUGGAGGACAGCGCUAUCUGUCUGACCUCGGAGCAGAGCACCAUGGAUGUGGACAUGGACCGCGACGACGGCUCGGUGCUGGAUGUCUACUUGUGAAAGCAGCGGCUUCGACAUCCUAUCCUCCUCUUGUCCUGUCAAUCAUCUGACAAUCGCUACGCUCCAUCGGAUAGGCUGAGGACCUUUGACUCCGCCCCUGGCGCUGCUAGAUCGCCCCUACGCCACCCUCUCCCUAGCGCCAAACCCCUUGGACCGUGAUGCUCGUCUGGCUGAGGACCAGAGAACCCCAGUAGAUCCCUCUGUGAUGGACAUCCAUAUGGACUCUCAACGACAUUCCAUUCUACCGUAGUUUGACCAAACUAGAGAUGACCGAGGGCAGAUUCCUAGAGCAUGCCAGCGCAGUGCCACAGAGUUUUCUUUUUGUAGAAUAUAUUUUUUCCAUCGCCUAAUAGUAAUAUAUAUAUAUAUAUAUAUAUAUAUAUACAUAUACUGUAUAUAUACAUUUAGAGAAAACAGGAAAUAUAUACAGAGAAGAGGUAGGACAUUUCUUUAGCACGUUUUCUCUGCUGACCAGAAUAGAUUUUUUUUAAAGCGUUGUAGCACCUGCUUUUUGAAGGCUGGUUGGGUAAGCAAGUUUACAGUGACUGCUGUGGGAUUCUGGUUCCUGCACAUGCGUUGGGGGGAGGGAUGGGUGGGGGGACACUGAAAAUACACCUCUAAACGCAGGCCAGUGCGGGCGGCCUAUGGACUUGUAUCAAGUAGAAACGCUAUGGAAAGUUGUUGAGACUGAAAGUCGCUGAGGCCAAAACUCAAAAGGACUAUAGCAUGUGUUGAGAGCGUCCGGACAAUGCCCUCGCUCAUCACUCCAAUCACAGAGGAAUUACAAGGACGCUUUGGACGCAAGAGACGUUGUCACCCUGCUUGGUGGGUGGGGGGGACAGCUUGAUCCUCAGGGUCUCUGGAAGAAGCACAGACCAGAAAGAUGACACACUCGCUCUCGAUAAACCGCACUUUGGAUGUUAUGUCAGUAACAAUUACCGUAUGUAAGAAAUAUUUUUCUCGAAGAACGUUUGAGGUUACAGGCAGGUCACCGAAUUUGAACGCUGUUUUGGAUUAGUGAAUAUGCACAUUUUUACAUGCACACAUCUGUAUGACAUCGCUAGCACAUGUAGAUGCAGACAAUGGACUAUUGUAGAUUUUAUUAUGCCGAGCGUUUUUUUUGUGGGAAAAGGGGUGGGUGGGGGGGUGUCAUGACUGAAGAUGCCUUUUCUCAGGAUAUCAUUUGAUACUGAAUGAGCGUGUCCUCGUGUUGUUAAAACUGAAGCAGCAGUACACUCGACAGACGCUGGCUUGUCACGCCUCCGAUCGCUGUCUCGUUGAAUUCCAUGAUCACCUGUGUCAGUUUUGAGACCAUAAUUUAUUAAAUUAAUCUCAAUAAAUAUACUGUUUGCUGAAGAUGAACAUAUUUUAAUCACUGAAUGUAAAGACAAUGUGUAUUUAUAUAUAGAAGAGAUAUAAAUAAAGAUAUAAAUUGCUGAAUACA